UUUCGAAGUGUUUCUGACUUCACUAUCACAACCACAACCGGCGACCAACUUUCAUCAUGUCCACCUCCGACAAACGUCGGCAAGAAAUCGAAGCUAAACGGGCGAAGCUUGCAGAACUCAGAAAGGCCAGACUAGAGAGGCAAAGUGCAGAUCCUAAUCGAAGACCUUCAGAUCAAAGCACAACACCCCCCACGCCCAAAAGAUCAAACGAUAUAGAUGACUUUGUCAAAUCCUUAUUACGAGAACCCAGAGGAGUGGACAGCGGUGGUGAUUUAACACCUUCGUCCUCGGUUCCUGGUACACCUUCUAUAGUACAACAUGGCCUGCCGAAUCUUUCUUCUGGAAGAGCGAGUAGACAGUCAGAUCGAAUGAGUCUUGGAACAACGUUGGCGAGUUCAGCGACAGAUAAUGUUUUGGACCGAGAAAUGACGCCGCGGUUUCUUCCCGAUCUAAUAGACGUGGAACAAGAGCUGUUUGAGCUUCCUCGAAAGGAGCGAGUAAUGUACAACAAAGAAGUUCAAGUCGAGACAGAGUUUCCUGAACAUGCAGAAUAUGCAGAAGAAGAUACACGACACCGUGUUUUGACUGAAGCAGAACUGGAAGCACUUCAAGCUGCUCAAGAUCGAGAAUUGGAGGCGGAAAGCGUUCAACUUGACAAGGAGAUUGAAGAGGAGAUCAGAGAAAUACCUCCCGAAGAAUUGGCAGGAAUAUUAUCCGCACCCGAAUUAUAUGAAUUUGUGGAAUCGACGACAAAGAUAUUCUACAAAGCCCUGAAUUCGUAUGACUAUACCCGCGACUAUCGUGUAGGGACAGAGACCGGAGGGGAAGAUUCGGAGGGUCGAAUCAAGCGGAUAUGUGCCUUCUUCGACGAACGGUACGGUAAGAAUAGGUCUAUCACAGAUUUAGACUGGUCGCCACAGUAUCCCGAACUUAGUGUCGCAUCUUAUAACAAAAAUCCGGCUGCUUUGAACGAACCGGAUGGUAUUGUCGCUGUCUGGAAUCUUCACCUUCUUGAACGGCCAGAAUUCGUGUUUCACUCUCAAUCUGACGUGCUCUCAGUGACAUUCUCUCCCUUCCAUUCAAACCUGGUUUUUGGUGGGACGUAUUCCGGACAAAUCUUGCUAUGGGAUAAUCGAGCAAAGCAUCUUCCUGUGUUGAAGACACCAUUGUCUGCUUCGGGCCAUACUCAUCCUGUAUACGCUAUGCAGAUGGUAGGGACACAGAACGCACACAAUCUCAUCACUUCCAGCACAGAUGGAACCGUUUGCAGCUGGUUAGUGGAUAUGCUGGCUCAGCCUCAGGAAACACUGGAGCUAAUCCAUGCCGGUCACAGCAAGACUGGUGAAGUUGCCAUCACGACCAUGGAUUUCCCAGACAAUGAAACGACGACGUUCUGGGUCGGAACAGAGGAAGGAAACGUAUACCAGGCCAACCGAUAUGAUCGUGCAGGAGCUAAAGCGGGACUGAAUCAAUACGACGUGUACAAGGGACAUGCGGGGCCUGUAAUGGGCCUCCACUUCCACCCCACCAGUGGCUCGGUGGAUUUCUCCGAUUUGUUCUUGACGAGUUCAGUUGACUGGACGGUAAAAUUGUGGAGAGCAAAAUCUCUGGCUAAGCCAUCUUCAACCACGAUGCCACAAGCUAUUUCUCCACUUUACUCGUUUGAUGAAGCAGAUGAUCCGGUAUACGAUGUAAAGUGGCAUCCUCAACAUCCGGCAGUUUUUGGGAGUGUGGAUGGGACAGGGAAGUUUGACAUUUGGAAUUUGAAUGCUGACACGGAGGUACCCAUGGUGUCGACGGGUGUUGGUACUGGACGAGCGUUGAACAAGCUAGAAUGGGAUCGUAAGGAGGGCCGUCGAGCGGCUCUUGGUGGCAGCGAUGGUAGACUUUAUGUUUAUGAUAUAGGGGAUCUCGCAACACCGAAAGAGUCAGAGUGGAUCGAGUUGCAGAAAACGAUCUCGGGGAUCGUGGGUGGAGGACAAGUGAAUGGGUUAGUGGACGGAGAAGCUCCGAAGAUUACUACGGGCCGGUAG